AAUAUUAAUGACAUCAGCAUCAUUAACAGGAUCCUCUGAGAGGAAAACGCUCUCCAGGACUUGUUAUUCAGGUGACUGAUCCUGGAGCUGGAGUCCGAUUGAAAGAGGGUCAACCCCAGUGAGAUUCAACUCCACGCUCAAAGGUCUCACACCAUGGAGAGCCUGUGUUCGUCCAGCUCCGCCUCUUCCUGUCCCGACGUCUGCAAUUGGAGUAGUAACUACAGUGUCAUUCUGGAGCAUUACAACUUCACCAGACGCCUCCAACACCGAAAACCCUCAAAGAGCGGCGCCAGCGUCAUCACGGUCCUGUUCCUUUGCUUCAGCGUCUUCAUCAUCCUGGAGAACCUCAUUGUGCUGCUGGCCAUCUUGUUUCGCGUCCACCUACGCCAUCGUUGGAUAUUCAUUUGCAUCGCCAACAUCGCUCUCAGCGACUUGCUAACAGGCUCUGCUUACAUCGUGAAUAUCUGCAUGUCAGGUGAACGCACUUUCAAGCUAAGCCCAGGUCUCUGGCUAUUCCGCGAGGGGCUUCUCUUCGUAGCGCUUGCGGCGUCAAUCUUCAGCCUGCUCUUGAUCGCUGUGGAGCGCUACACUACGAUGAUGAAGCCCGUCCACCAGAAAACAGCCACCAAGACUUACCGUAUCUACAUGAUGGUGGUGCUGUGCUGGAUAACGGCACUGAUUAUCGGCUUCCUGCCGUUGAUGGGCUGGAACUGUGUUUGUGACCUGAGAAGUUGCUCUACACUUCUACCGCUCUACUCCAAGAGCUAUAUCCUGUUUGCAUUGAUCAUAUUCUUCAUCAUUCUACUCACAAUUGCAGCUCUCUAUUUUGCAAUCUACAGCCACGUUCGAAGCAGCACCGAGCUGAUGCCCGUCCGCAGCCACAUGCGUUCGUUGCGUCUCCUGAAGGCCGUCAUCUCCAUCGUUGGGGUCUUCAUGGUGUGUUGGGGCCCCUUGUUCAUCCUACUGUUGGUGGACUUCUUCUGCUACUCUCGAAGUUGUAGCGCUCUCUUCAGUCCAGAGUGGGUCAUUGCACUAGCUGUGCUCAACUCCGCAAUGAACCCGCUAAUUUACUCGUUCGGCAGUCUGGAACUGCGUAAAGCUAUUUCAACCCUCCUCUGCUGUUGCUGCUUGAAGGCGAGACUCUGCGAUCCCAAGACCUUCAUGUCUAAGGAAACCUCCAGCACUUCAGGGAGUCGGCGCAGCAGCCUGUGCAACAGCUUCAGCAAAGCGCGAAACCUGAGCACCAGUCCACUGCCAGAACCGAAGACCAGCAAGAAAACACGCCUCAGCUCCACCACUUCUUGCUUAUCUGCGUCAAGUGGUUAGGCAG